AGCCACCAUCACCGUUCGACGAUAACUCUCUCAGCAAGAUGUUUCCUCUGGCGACACGGAGUGUGCGUCAUGUGGCACAGCUCAGUCGUUCUCUGAAGCCCUACCCAGUCGCGUCCUCAUCGCGCGUUUUGACUUGGGAUGGCGGUCGACGACACGCAACCAUGUCCCCCUUCGACAUGCUCCGCGACUUCUUGGCUCCUAAACCGCGCAAGCAGAUGAAGAGCGAGAAACCGAAGGCGAAGGACGGGGACAAGGAGAAAGAGACGGCGAAGGCGGGGACGGGGAGUAUUUUUGAUAUUACGCAGGCUCAGGCGGUUCCGGAGGCGGCUGUUGUUGAGCAGAUGAAGGUCGGACGGAUUGCGGAUCAUCACAAAAUGUCGACCGCGAACUUCAAGAUCUCACACAGGAAAUUGAACAAGCUCGGACGACAGAUCGCAGGGAAGCCGAUUGAUUAUGCCAUCCUGCAGAUGACGUUCAGCGAGAAGCGGGCGAGCAAGCGGAUAAAGAGCAUGUUGGUGCUCGCGAAGCAGCACGCGGCGAAGAAGGGCAUCGACCCGCAGAAGAUGAUCGUCUCGGAGUCGUGGGUGACCAAAGGCCCGAAACAGCUGAAGAGACUGGAGCCCAAGGGACGUGGACGUCACGGUAUCCGACAACAUCCGGACUCGAAGAUGAGUGUCGUGUUGAGGGAGGGCAAGACGAGGAGGGAGCUGAUGGAGGAGGAGAGGAAACGGAAGUUGAAGAGGAUCGUGUCUGCUGGGAUCGUUCGUGAGGACGUCCCUCUGAGGAACCCGAGCGCGACGUGGGCCUGGUAGUAGAUAUAUACACCCACAAUCCCUGCUCUUUUCUUUUCCUCUCUGAAAAUAUCGUGUGGAUAUGCUGGGCCACAUUGGAUAGUGCCACAGCGUUGAGUUGGC